AUGAACCCGCCCACCAUCCAGACUGACAACUUGUCGCCCCGAACUGGUGAAACUACCCAAAUGGACCGUUCCAUGCCAGCAACCGCUGUUCCGCCUUCCAGCCCCUCUACAGGCAUUCCACGUCUCCCGUCACAGAACUUUGACUCCCCAUCCUUGGAUAUAUCAAUUUCGACCAUUUUAGGCAAUGCUAGCACAUCUGAGCCUGCCAUAGCCCAGCAGGUGGACAAAGUCAAGCAGCUCUCACAGGAAAACUCAGAGCUUGAACAGCGUUUGCGUGAGAUUGAAAAACGACUGAAAGAUGUAGAAGAGAAAGAUAGGAAACGCAAAUCGCUUCAACCAGCGGCUGCGACGAGUUAA